AUGGAGAAGGGAAACCAAACCAGCAUCACGGAAUUCCUCCUCCUGGGACUGUCUGACCGGGCAGAGCAGCGGCAGCUCCUCUUCGUGCUGUUCCUCUGGUUGUACCUCCUUGGGGUUCUGGGGAGCCUACUCAUCGUCCUGGCUGUCAGCUCUGACCCACACCUGCACACCCCCAUGUACUUCUUCCUCACCAACCUCUCCCUGGCUGACAUCUGCCUCCUGUCCACCACGGUCCCGAAGAUGCUGGUCAACAUUCAGACCCAAGACAAAUCCAUAUCCUACGCUGGCUGCCUGGCACAAAUGUACUUCUUCCUUCUGUUUGGAACUCUGGACCACUUUCUCCUCACAGGGAUGGCAUAUGAUCGUUACGAGGCCAUAUGUCACCCCCUCCACUACACCACCAUCAUGAGCCCAAGGCUCUGUACCCUGGUGGUUGCUGGCUUCUUCUGUGAAUUUUACCAGAUCCUAAAGCUUUCCUGUUCUAGCAUUUUCAUCAAUGAAGUAAUCGUGUUUGUUUCUGCAGUAGUGAUUGGGGUAGGUCCAAUCACCGGCCUUCUGUUCUCUUACGUUCGCAUCAUCUCGACCAUAUUGAGAAUCCCAUCUGCAGGGGGUAGGUGGAAAGCUUUCAGCACUUGUGCUUCUCACCUGUCUGUGGUCUCUUUAUUCUAUAGCACCACCCUUGGGACCUACCUUUGUCCAGCAUCUACCCAAACAUUCAGUAAGGGCUCGAUAGCAUCUGUGCUGUACACAGUGGUCAUCCCCACAAUAAAUCCCUUCAUCUACAGCCUGAGGAACAAGAACAUGAAAAUGGCCCUGAGAAACGCAUUCAACAGGAAAAGUGUCUUCUCUCGAGGACUCUGA